CUUGUGAAAGGGGAGGGGCAUUCCUCAGUGUUUUUAUUUAUUUCUUUGUUUCAUGUGCAAAAAUCAACAACAAUGGUGGCUAUCUGAAGACAUGUACAUACCUGGUCGAUCGUAUGAGACUCUCUCAAUAUUUACCGGGCUGAUAAUAAGACUGAAUCAAGAGGUGGAGAAUGAAGCGGCGCAAUGCGGACUGCAGCAAACUCCGACGGCCGUUAAAACGGAACCGAAUCAGCGAGGGUAUAUAUAGCAGCACGUUUCUGUACCUGAAGUUCUUGGUGGUGUGGGUGUUGGUGCUUCUGGCAGACUUUGUUCUGGAGUUCAGGUUUGAGUACCUGUGGCCAUUUUGGCUCUUCAUCCGCAGUGUCUACGACUCCUUCAGAUACCAGGGGCUGGCGUUCUCAGUUUUCUUUGUGUGUGUGGCGUUCACGUCAGACAUCAUCUGCCUGCUCUUCAUCCCCGUCCAAUGGCUGUUUUUCGCUGCCAGCACCUACGUGUGGGUGCAGUAUGUCUGGCACACCGAGAGAGGGGUGUGUCUCCCCACUGUGUCUCUGUGGAUACUGUUCGUCUACAUCGAAGCAGCCAUCCGCUUCAAAGACCUGAAGAACUUCCACGUGGACCUGUGUCGACCCUUCGCUGCCCACUGUAUUGGCUACCCGGUGGUGACCCUUGGCUUCGGGUUCAAGAGCUACGUCAGUUACAAGAUGCGUCUGCGGAAGCAGAGGGAGGUGCAGAAGGAGAACGAGUUCUACAUGCAGUUACUGCAGCAGGCCCUGCCGCCAGAGCAACACAUGCUGCAGAGACAGGAGAGGGAGGCAGAGGAGGCUGCCCUAGCGAGAGGUGUGUCUGAGGUCGACCCGCCUCAGGUCUCCCAGAACGGAGCCCCGCCCACCAGGAAGAGCGUGUGUGUUGCAUUACCGGAGCAGGAGGCGGGAGGGAAGGAGCGAGACAAGAAACAGCAGCUCACCGGAGUCAACAACAACAGCAUUCUUCCCCCCGCGGAGGCCAGACUGUCAGAGGCCAGACUGUCAGAGGCCAGACUGUCAGAGGCCAGACUGUCAGAGGCCAGACUGUCAGAGGCCAGACUGUCAGAGGCCAGACUGUCAGAGGCCAGACUGUCAGAGGCCAGACUGUCAGAGGCCAGACUGUCAGAGGCCAGACUGUCAGAGGCCAGACUGUCAGAGGCCAGACUGUCAGAGGCCAGACUGUCAGAGGCCAGACUGUCAGAGGCCAGACUGUCAGAGGCCAGACUGUCAGAGGCAGAGUACAUGGAGAGUAGCGGGGGGGGCAGGAGGCUGAACAACAACCUCUCAGGAGAGCACACACUCUCCGAGUCCACGCCCCCGAGAGAGGAGGGGGGAGGAGGGGCCAAGAACUACAAAAACGCCAGCGGAGGGGGUGUGGCCAACUCAUCCCCGCAUAACCACAGCUCUACCAAUGGGAGCGUGCCGUCGGCCAGUAGGAAUGAGAAGAAGCAAAAGUGUUCUGGGAGGGGCGGAGCCCAGAAAGACCCUGUGGGCGGAGCCACUAAGGACCCUGUGGAGAACUGCAUCCCCAACAACCAGCUGGCCAAGCCAGAGGCUCUAACACGGCUGGAGCAGGAUGUGAGGCGUCUGAAGGCAGAGCUGCAGGCCAGCAGGCAGAAUGAAGCGGACCUGAGAGGCCAGCUGACCUCCCUCACCCUGCAGGACCGAGGCCUGCGGUCUGAACUCAGCCAGCUCAGACAGGACAACGAGCUGCUGCAGAGCAAGCUCCACAGUGCGGUCCAGGCCAGGCAGAAGGAUAGGCAGAGUGUGUCCCAGCUGGAGAAGAGGCUGAAAGGGGAGCAGGAGGCCCGCUGCCUGGCCGAUAGACAGCUGGCCGACGACAGGAAGAGGAAGAAGCUGGAGGAGGCCUCCGCCGCUAGAGCUGUGGCUCUGGCUGCUGCCAGCAGGGGUGAGUGUACUGACUCUCUGAGAGGUCGCAUCAGAGAGCUGGAGAACGAGUGGAAGAAGCUCUCCAUGGACAUGAAGCUUAAGGAGGAGCUGAUCAGGGAUCUGGAGGGGAAAGUCCAGGAGCUGCGUAAGUAUAAGGAGAAUGAGAAGGACACGGAGGUGCUGAUGUCGGCGCUGUCGGCCAUGCAGGAGAAGACGCAGCACCUGGAGAACAGCCUGAGCGCUGAGACCAGGAUCAAACUGGACCUGUUCUCUGCCCUGGGGGACGCCAGGAGACAGCUGGAGAUCGCUCAAGGCCAGACCCACCAGAGGGAGCAGGAGAUAGUGGACCUGAAGCAGAAGAUAGCAGAAGUAUUGGCUGUGAUGCCCAGCCUCACCUACUCAGGCGACAGCAGCAGUCUGAACUCUGUGGGUCCUCACUAUUCCUCCAAGUUCAUGGACAACAGCCCCUCCUCUCUGGACCCCAACGCUUCCGUCUACCAGCCCCUGAAGAAGUGACCCCACACACACACACACCUCUGUUUAGAUAGGUUUUGGUUUUGCUUUGUUGGAGCGUGGACACCCCUCUCUCCCUGGCACUCUAGCACACACACACACACCUACCCACUCUCUCUCUCACACACACACACUACCCACUGUCUCAUACACACACACCAUACAGAAGUCCGUUGGAUCCAUUUUGACUGGGUUUUCUCUCUGGUGUUCUGGGUUUUGAUUGGGCCGUUAGACGUUUGAGGUCAUGAAAAAGAAGCAAGCAGGAAGAAGGUAAGUUGUCUCCAGGUGACAACCUGAUGUUCUCAGCUGUUCGUCUGCCCUUCCCUGAGAUCAACACUUUUCUACGUUCAUCUGAAUCAGGACUCCGAAGCCCUCAGUGUUUCCCCUGGAGCUGCUGGGCCGGUGGGACAGACUGGGAAGUGAAGCCCUGUGUUAGAUGAAUGUUCAAGUACUUCUUUUCAUGUUUUGAUAUCACCGUUUCUUACAUUUUUGUGAUUGCUUUCUUUGUAAAGAACAUAUUUCAGUUGUGACGAUGGCAUUGUACAUUUCUCUGAAACGAUGUAAUGGUCAGUUGGACAGGUAGCUUGUCUCUGGGUUUCUGAACAUGGAAGCUGUUUUGCUCUUAUCCACGCUGGAAUAAGACAUCAGAUCCUCCAAGACUGUCACCCGUUUCUCCACAGCCCCUUAGAUCCCGCAAAGGAAGAGUGUGGCAGAUUCCCCCCAGACCACCUGACUACUUUAGGAAGCUGUUCCUGCUUUCUGCAAACGGAGCUAACCUUCUCCUUUCUGGACCAAAUUAGAAUGAGUUAAGGCUAUGAACACUGGAUUUCUUGAUGUCUAGGUAACUCUGGUUUACCCUCCUGUCAGUUCCACUGUGCCUUGAAUAUCCUUUUGAAGACGUAGGAACAGUUUACCUUCCAGUACCUAGGCAACACAGGCUUCCCUCAGUCCUGUACAGGCAGGUGUGGUACUAAGCUGGAGGUGGAGCAUUCUCCAUCUCUGUCUCUCCCUCUGACUCUCCAUCUCUCUCCCUCUGAUUCUAUAUGUCUCUGUCUCCAUCUCUCUCCCUCUGACUAUAUCUCUCCUUCUCUCUGUCUCUCCAUCUCUGUUUCUGACUUUGUCUCUCUAUCUCUGUCUCUCCAUCUCUCUCCCUCUGACUGUGUCUCUCUCUGCCUGAGGCAGCUGUCCCGUGCUGGUGUCUAAUAGGUACAAUGCAACAUUAGUGGUGGGGGUGUAUUUCCUUUAUGAGCAAACACGGCAUGCCAAACAACUACACUCAUUACACUAGGUCUGGUAUGCCCUGGAGUUUAGCUGUUUACAAUAAUGUUUAUUAAAUUCUGCUGGGAAUGUUUUCAUUUUUUUGUAAGUGCCGAGUGUUGGUGUUUGGUGUGAUCCUCAUCCACACUAAGAAAGUAACAGCUUUUUCAGAUGUUAGUUAGCGGAAGUUGGGCAUGUUAUUGUUUUGUGUUUUCGCCCUCCUGUUCCAGGGGAAUCAUGGAAAGCACUUAGCGCUCCGACAGAUUCACGGUGUUUAUCGCGCAUCUUAUUUAUUCGUAACAAGUAUUUUGUUUCUCUCCCGCCAGUGGCACUUCUUGAUAUAGUUGCAUCAUGUUUAGUUGUUCUCUUGAUCUUGUUUAACCAGGGAUGUGAAGUGUUAUUUUGGUACGUUCCCUGACCUCUUUGACCAUGUUGUGCUCAUGUUGCCUAGAAAAGUAUUUAUGUGGAUCGCAAAGGCAUUGUGAUUUUGUUCCGAAGUUCUUAUUAUAAGUCUCGUGGAAGGUGGAAUGGCGGAGGGAGAAAGUUCUCGGUUUAUCUUUCAAUUGUUCUACCAUGUUUCUUUUUCAGAGUGAGUUCUCUCACUGUGGUUUUCACCUGGAUUAAAGGCUUGCAGGUGACGGUGUUGGCGGUUUU